AUGGAGUCUUCGUCAAGCAAGAAGGCAUUGGAGCAGGAGCGGCAAGCCGAGCUGCGCCGUCAGAUCGCUGCGCUACAAGCUCAGCUCACUGGAACUGAGGUGGGCUUGCCUGUUGCCCCUGAAUCUCCGAAGCGGCGACCGCAUUCCGGGAAUCUACUCGCCCCUGCAACGCCGUCACCUAAGAAGAAGAGGAAACUCAGUCAUGCAGAACGGCCUUCGACCAGCUUACCUGUCACGGAGCAGCGGCCAAGACCGGCUGCUAGCACGACAGUGACAUCGUCAUCAUCUUCAUCACAUGCUGUUAGUACUCAAACGAAGAAACAUGCGCCAUCUACAGUCCUAGAGAAGCUCGCGAAGGUUCACUCACAGGAGGACACACGAUUAGCGAAGGGCACCACGAAUCGAUCGAGUGCUUUUACUCAACCUGCUGUAGCCACCUCAUUCAACGAUUCGGAGACCGGGGCGACUCGUGAUGACCGUCUAGCGAUAGUCGAGGACCUCGUCCUUGGACCUGUAGAUCACAAACCACCCUUCGAUGAUCCUCGGUUCGAGAAGCUUGAACCUAACUCUGGCAUUCGCCUCUCUUCCCGUGCGAUCCCGUUCGAAGACUUCCAGGAUCAUUUGCGGGGUCGGUACUACCUCUCGCCGUCCAAGUUGUACUCUGUCGUUCGCCUUCUGCCCAGCAAACAGGGCUACGACGUGCCCGUAUCCGGCGACUGGCUGACCAUCGCCGUGGUCGCAGAGCGUGGCAAAGUCAAGUGUAGUCAGGCACCGGUAGGCAUCGGUCGUGACGAUAAGAUGGGCGCAGAUGAGGAGGACGAAGAUACGGUCGACCAGCUAGACAUAUCUACGGAGGCACCGGUUCCCGCGAAAGGUCCACCGCGACCCAAGCGCAAGCGUAAGGACGAGCCGCCUCGCCCAAGCGGGAAGAAGUACGUCAACAUGAAGCUCGUGGACUUCGGGUGCCGUACUGCGCGCGAUUCUUCUGCGACGGGUGGUCAGACUGUCAUUCGUGGAGACGCGUCGUUGUCGUUGCUGCUAUUCGAGUCGGAUGGAUACGACGUAGUCACCAAGGAGAAUGGAAAGAAGGAGAAGAUCUAUCGUGGAGGGAGCAAAGGCGCGUUUGAGAAGAUGUCGAUGCUAAAGGAAGGUGCCGUCGUGGCUUUCCUGAACCCGAGGAUUCUCAAGCCGUUCCAGCGAUCCGGCGACACGCCCCAUCCAACCGAUAAUAUCCUCGCUCUCACCCCAGAGUCUGUCGAAUCAAUUGCCGUGAUUGGAUACUCUCUAGAUCUAGGCAUGUGCAAGGCUGUCCGGAGGGAUGGCACGACAUGUGGGAGCUGGUGCGACAGACGCGUCGCGGACGUGUGUGACUGGCACAUCCAACACGCUGUCGAGCGUAAGCGAGCUGGUCGUGCCGAAUUUUCUAGCGGGACGUCUGGGAUGUCGAGCUACGCAAAGCGAAAGAAGACGGACUACGAUCCGGCCAAGCAAUGGGGCCUGAAACCGGAACGCGAAAGCAACAGCGCGACUUAUGUCGUCUCUGGCCAUGUCAUCUCAGGCUCGGGCGACUCGAAAACGCUCUUCCUUUCCGAGUCAAUGGGCCGCGACGCUCAAGCGAAAGCAUCACGCAAAGCCUCGACCCUGGAAGCCGAUCGCGCUCUGCAGCAGCUCCUCAAACGAGACAAGGCGGGGUCCAAAGCGGUCGCUACUGCGAGAGAGUUUGCUAAGAAGCAGACGCAGAAGGUCAAGAAGGAAGAAAAGGAAAAGCCAGGCGGGAAGGCCCGGGUGGCCAAAGUAUCUGAUACCGAGAGCGAAUCGGAAGCGAGCGACGAGGAGAACAGGAAACCCCACAAGAAUGCGUAUUCCGCUCAUCUUAUCAAGCAGCUAGGGUUCGAUCCAACCGCGAAGGAUGGGCGGAAGACGACUGACCCUCAGCUGCAGAGCAAGCUCGACGCCCUCGCCGCGCUCCAAGUUUCCAAGAGAGACAUUGACCUCGCGCCAAGACCGGGCAAGAAGAAGAGCUGUGUGGACCGUCCUGUAGCCUCUCUUGCCAAGCCAACCACUUCGCGAGAAGACUCGCCAUUACACUUCCACGAUAGUGAAAGCGAGGAUGACCUGGAGAGAGCUGAGAAGGCAGUGUUCGGCAAAGUCAUCGACUCUUCUGCAAAGGAGGACCUCAUUUGCUUGGACAGUAGCGACGUAGAACCGGAGUGA